AGUUUCAGCACUUCUGAAACCGCCGGCCUGCUUUACUUCCCUCAUCAGGUACAUCUCCGAGUUUCAGUCUCUGACGUCACAGUCAGGGAUAGGCUGGUCACGUGGUGUGAAUUUCCAGACCGCUGGCUUCAGGAGAAAAAAAUGAACAGAGGCGUAGCCAAACAGUUUGACUUGAGAAAGGAAAGGUCACUGCGUUAAUGAAUGGCCAGGCAAGGUAUGCCCAAUGAACUGCAAGCCAAUGUAAGUCUUGCUGAGUGACUGCGUGUGAAAGAGGGCAAACUCUAUUCCCCAUGUCCUCUGGAAGGGGCUCUCCCGGGCGCUUUGAGCGUGUCGGAAACGCAGACUACUAUGAUGAAGUGCCUCCAGGCUCCUUACACAGGAGUGAGGGCCUCAAUGGUUUAAGGCGUCAGGGGUCAUCGGACCUGGCUCUGAGCUCAGACCCUCUUCCACCUCCUCCUCUGCCAGACCAGCCUCCUAUCGGGCCUGAGUUUGACCCCAGCGAGAGCGAAGACAACGAGGAACCAGCCGUUGACAUCAAACCUGUCCAUCGGUUCAUCCCAGACUCCUGGAAGAACUUCUUUCGUGGAAGCAACAGGAGCAGCAAGAGUUCAAUGCCUGCAUCCAAUAAUUACAACACUACCACUGAGGGUGUCCGGUGCUCUCCUCCUCACUCGCCCUCAGUCCCAGGCUCAUACCGAGAUCAGUACGGGGGCUCUGGUGGCAGCUAUAACUCUCGCAAGGAACGAGAGGCUAUGCUAUUAGGAGACCAUAUGGACUCAGUAGAUGGUCGCACUGCACACACUGCUAUGACCUAUAGUGAGAGAGUUGAGGAAUACCACCAGCGUUACGCCUACAUGAAGUCUUGGGCAGGACUCCUGAGGAUUCUUGGUUGCGUCGAGCUGCUGUUAGGGGCAGCAGUUUUUGCCUGUGUGUGUGCAUACAUUCACAAAGACAAUGAGUGGUAUAACAUGUUCGGAUACUCGCAGCCACAGAUGUAUGGUGGAUAUAGUGGUGGUUAUGGUGGAGGCUAUGGAGACACUUAUUAUACUGGACCAAAGACACCAUUUGUUCUUGUUGUGGCUGGUCUGGCAUGGAUAGUGACUGUUAUCAUGCUAGUUCUAGGCAUGACCAUGUACUAUCGUGCAAUCCUUUUAGACUCAAGUUGGUGGCCUCUAACUGAAUUUACAAUCAACCUAGUUCUUGCUGUACUUUAUAUGGCCGCUGGCAUUGUGUAUGUAAGAGACACAACACGUGGUGGACUUUGUUAUUACCCUGUCUUCAAUAACGGCAUCAAUGCAGCUUUCUGUCGCACUGAGGCAGGGCAGACAGCAGCUAUCAUUUUCCUUUUUGUGGCCAUGCUGGUAUACCUGAUAGGAGCUAUUGUGUGCCUAAAGCUGUGGAGGCACGAGGCUGCACGGCGCUACAGAGAGAAAUAUGGCCAUGAGAUGCAGCCAUCAGACUUGCCAGUGAUUCAGUCUUCGACAGUGGCUGGACUGAGGAUUCCUGAGCCAGCUGUCAUCUCCUCUGCAGCACCAGCUGAGAAUGCACAUUCAGCAGGCCCCACAUCUUCCAAGCCCAAGCUGGUUAAAGGGCCUAUUCCAUCCGGAUACAUUCCCAAACCUGUGAUUGUGCCAGACUACCUAUCUAAAUACCCAGCCAUUCGAACAGAUGAAGAGCGGGACCAGUAUAAAGCUGUUUUUAAUGAUCAGUACUCUGAAUAUAAAGAACUGCAUGCAGAAGUUAGUGCAGCGCUGAAAAAGUUUGAUGAAAUGGAUAGCAUGAUGCGCCAGUUGCCUCAACAUCCCUCUAAUCAGAUGGAAACUGGCCGCAUAAACCGUAUACUUCAGGAUUACCAGCGGAAGAAAAACGAUCCUACAUUUCUGGAGAAGAAGGAGAGAUGUGAUUACCUGAAAAGCAAACUUGCUCACAUCAAGCAUCGAAUUCAAGAGUAUGACAAGGUUAUGACAUGGAAUGAUGGCUAUGGUUGAAAUAACUCUUGAGCUGAACACAGUGCAUGCUGCAGUAGUCCUUUAUUUUCAUUUCUGUCUGGAACAUCUCAUUAUACUGUGUGUGCAGCUACAAAGAUGUCAGAUGAUGUGCGUCAAAGACUUUAGAGAAGGGAAGCAUGACCAAUAAUUUUACAAAUUUAUCCCAAUAUGCACAAGAUUGGGGUACUGACAAAAAUAGAAUGGUUUCCUUUUCAAUCCUGUAAUGGAAUAUUGAUGACUAAACUGAUCAUGCUGCCUGUUUUUAUGUUAAUUUAAUGCUAUGGUUGAUUAUGUUCAACUUAUGCACUUGCGUGCAGCUACUGUUAAUUUUCUUGUGUUGUUCAUUUUUAAAACCACUUUUAAAACUGUGAUUUUCCAUCAUGUAUUUCAUUGCUUCAUCCCAGAAAUAUGUUGUGCUUAGGUUAGCAAUGACAACUAAGCUGCACUUUGAUUAAAACUGUAAGAUUGGACAUUGUCCUCAUAUUUUCAAUUGUCUCAUUUUAAUAUGGUAUGUAGACAGAGGGAGUAUUUUCUUUUACUGAAAAGAAAUGGCUCUCCCCAAAUUCUUCUUGUUUAAAAAAAAAAAUCUGCUAAGCAAACUUAAAUGUGUGGACAGUGUCAAGUGUUUUCUCAUGUGUUUAUUAAUU